AUGGGCCCUCGCCAAGUUCUUGUUGCUGGUGCCACUGGUUUUGUAGGCGGCUCAGUGCUGACCCAAGUGCUCUCCUCCAAGGAUCCCAACAUUAGAGCGUUACACCUCACAGCAGUUGUGCGCCUUCAAGACCAAGCCGACGUUCUAACUAAGAUCGGCGUCAGAACCGAGCUGUUCAAAAGCUUGGACGACACUGAGCAACUGCGGCGCCUUGCGUCGGAGCACGACAUUGUUGUCCACGUUACCGACUUUGCAAGCCUGUACGGACAUUUCCUGAGCAAAAUUCUUGCGAUCAUCCUCUUCUCCAUGUCCAUUGCGCUACCCGAGACGCUGCGAUGGCUUGCUCGCAAUGGCUUCACGCAGGAAUGCCUCCAGACGCUGGCCGAUCUGCACACGCCUGACGUGAACACGGAGGAACCCCACAUUCAACAAGGGAUGCUGGAGAUCAAGGAGGCUGUGAGAUAUGAAGCCAGUCUGGGCCAGUCGACGUGGGUUGAAAUGUUCACCCGUUACCGAAAAAGAACAUUCGUUGGUAUCACCGCCCAGAUGUUUGCUCAGCUCAACGGUAUAACCGUCAUAUCGUUCUACCUGUCAACGACUCUUGCCAGCGCAGGCCUCGAUGACCGGAGAUCCCUUCUGUACACUGCAGCCAACUCGAUUCCCUACGUCGCUGCUACGAUCCUCACCUGGUGGCUGGCCGAUAAAUGGGGUAGAACGCCGAUUCUCAUACUUGGAGGCUCGCUUAUGGCUGUUGCACUCUGUGUCAUCUGUGCCUUCACAGAAGCCCCUAUCACAAACUCUUGGGUACGCGUGCACGGCAUCUACGCAUUCGUCGUCAUCUAUAACGCAAUCUACAGAUUCACGUGGGGACCGAUCCCGUGGCUGCUCCCAGCUGAAGGGUUCCCUUUGCGAGCGCGCAGCAAGGGAAUGGCACUAGCUACUUGCUCCAACUGGCUAUUCAACUUUGUGAUUGAAACAGCGAAACAUACCCUGGAGGGAAUUGCCAUAGCCUCUGGGGACAAGACCUUCACGAUGGACGAGGAGGUUGUGGUGGCUGCGCAGUUGGAUCACAUUGGAGAUGUGUCUAGGUCAGUGGUUGUUUGA